AUGAAUAUCACGUCAGCCGCAGGGAUAAUAUCCCUGCUCGAUGAGCCCAUGCACGAAGUGAAAGAGUUUGCAUUGAAAAGAUUGGACAACAUUGUAGAUCAAUUUUGGCCCGAAAUCUCCGAAUCUAUUGAGAAAAUCGAGAUUCUUCACGAAGAUAAAGUGUUUUCACAGCAUCAACUUGCUGCUUUAGUAGCCAGUAAGGUAUACUAUCACCUGGGUGCAUUUGAAGACUCCUUGACGUAUGCACUUGGUGCAGGUGAUUUGUUUGAUGUAAACGCAAGAAAUGAGUAUGUUGACACAACAAUCGCGAAGGCAAUCGACUUCUAUACUCAGAAACGUAAGGCUUUAUUUGUAGACAGCUCUUCCGAGCUUAUUGAUCCCCGAUUGGAGGCCAUUGUGAAUCGCAUGUUCCAACGAUGCCUUGACGAUGGUCAGUACCGCCAGGCUCUGGGCUUGGCACUUGAGACUCGUCGCAUGGAUAUCUUUGAAGAAUCCAUCAUGAAGUCUGAUGAUAUAGCAGGAAUGCUUCAGUAUGCCUUCACAGUUGCAAUGAGCCUUCUUCAAAAUAGAGGUUUCCGCAGUACAGUAUUGCGUUCACUAGUAGGCCUUUAUAGAGGCCUUAAUAUCCCAGAUUAUGUGAACAUGUGUCAAUGCUUAAUUUUCUUAGAGGACCCAUUAUCAGUUGCAGAAAUUCUUGAUAAACUUACCCAUGGACCUCAGGAAUCAGUACUCAUGGCUUAUCAGAUUGCCUUCGACUUAUAUGAUUCAGCGACACAGCAGUUUUUAGGUAGGGUUUUGCAAGCUUUAAGAACCACUGCUCCAAUUCCUGGGGCACUUGGUGGCAGACCUCAACCACAGGGUGGACCUUUUCCAGAAUCCUCCAUGGAUGUGGAUCAACCAACAUCUGAAGAAUCUAAGAAACCCGAAAGAGAUAUAGAAAGUCUGAAUGAUGAAGAAAAGGAGCAUCAAAAAAGAGUUGAAAAAUUAAUUUCAAUCUUGGGCGGAGAUGUGUCCAUUGGUUUGCAGUUACAAUUUUUGAUCAGAUCAAACCAUGCUGAUAUGCUUAUUUUGAAGAAUACAAAAGAUGCUAUUAGAGUCUCCAUUUGUCAUACAGCAACAGUCAUAGCAAAUGCUUUCAUGCAUGCUGGCACAACUAGUGACCAGUUCUUGAGGGACAACCUGGAGUGGCUUGCUAGGGCAACCAACUGGGCUAAGUUGACAGUAACAGCAUCUCUUGGUGUCAUUCAUAGAGGCCAUGAAAAUGAGUCAUUGGCACUUAUGCAAUCAUACUUACCAAAAGAGGCUGGGCCCUCUUCAGGGUACUCGGAGGGUGGUGGAUUAUAUGCCUUAGGAUUAAUUCACGCGAACCAUGGUGCCAACAUCAUUGACUAUCUUUUAACACAGUUAAAAGAUGCUCAAAAUGAAAUGGUGCGCCACGGUGGGUGUCUUGGCCUAGGUUUGGCCGCUAUGGGUACUCACAGGCAGGAUGUAUAUGAACAGCUCAAGUUUAACCUGUACCAAGACGAUGCAGUCACCGGUGAAGCUGCCGGUAUAGCAAUGGGCAUGGUCAUGUUAGGCUCAAGGAAUGCAGCCGCCAUUGAAGAUAUGGUCGCUUACGCCCAAGAAACCCAACACGAGAAGAUUUUGCGAGGUCUAGCCGUCGGUAUUUCCUUCACCAUGUACGGACGCCUCGAAGAGGCUGACGCUUUGGUUCAACAGUUACUGAGAGACAAAGAUCCACUGUUGAGACGCGCUGGCUGCUACACCAUCGCUACCGCGUAUUGUGGUACCGGAAACAAUGACUCGAUUCGUACGCUCUUGCAUGUUGCAGUUUCCGAUGUCAACGAUGACGUUCGACGCGCAGCUGUAACAGCACUCGGUUUUCUACUGUUUAGGACCCCUGAACAAUGUCCCUCAGUAGUCUCCCUGUUAGCGGAGUCGUAUAAUCCUCACGUACGUUACGGUGCUGCUAUGGCGUUGGGCAUAGCGUGCGCGGGCACCGGCAACCGCGAGGCCAUCGGUCUACUGGAGCCAAUGGUUAAAUUCGACCCCGUCAAUUUCGUCAGGCAGGGGGCGUUGAUCGCAUCGGCAAUGAUACUCAUUCAACAAACUGAAUCCCUGUGCCCUAAGGUAACCUACUUCCGUCAGCUGUACGCGCAGGUGAUAUCUAAUAAACACGAAGAUGUCAUGGCGAAAUUCGGCGCCAUCUUGGCUCAGGGUAUCAUCGACGCCGGUGGACGAAACGUAACAGUUUCUCUUCAAAACAGAACUGGCCACAUGAACAUGCUUGCAGUGGUCGGAAUGUUGGUUUUCACGCAAUACUGGUAUUGGUUCCCGCUUGCUCAUUGUUUGUCUCUGGCAUUUACACCGACUUGUCUGAUCGCGCUCAACUCCGAUCUUAAAAUGCCCCAACUCGACAUAAAGUCAAACGCGAAGCCAUCCCUGUAUGCCUACCCAGCAGCUUUGGAAGAAAAGAAACGCGAGGAGAGAGAAAGGGUCACCACUGCCGUACUGAGUAUUGCUGCGGCGAGGGCGCGCAGGCGGGCGCACGGAACUGAUAGUACUAGCAGUAGUGCUACCACAUCCACCACAUCAAAAAUGGAAGUUGAUGAAGAGGAGAAGAAACCAACUAAAUCACCGAAUCCUAAUAUAACUGUUCACGGGAAAUCCGACAAGGACGCCGGAAGUUCUAAGGAAGGGAAGAAAGACGAGAAAGAAGGUGACGAAAAAGAGGCUAAAGAGAAGAAGGAACCUGAGCCCAACUUUGAGAUUCUGAGCAACCCUGCUAGAGUGAUGCGGCAACAACUUAAGGGCAUCUCCAUUGUUGAAGGCUCCGGAUUUAAUCCGCUUAAAGAUGUUACCAUUGGGGGAAUUGUUAUGCUUAAUCAUUCUGGAGACAUUGAACAAGUUUUAGUGGAACCUGUAGCAGCAUUUGGUCCCAAGACUGAGGAAGAGAAGGAACCCGAGCCACCAGAACCUUUUGAGUACUUAGAUGAU